GGGCGCUUACCUUGUUGGGGGUCCCGGGCGAGCUCGACUCUCUUCCAGCUGACUUUGGGCCAGAUGUUGUCAAGUAGACCACUUCCUGUGGAGGGUCCGCCUCCUUUCCGUGACAUCACACGUGUCGAUUGACCGCGUGACCCGGUUCGGUCGCCGAGCUGACAGGCGGGUCGGUGUUCCGACCGCGUCUGAGCCGAGCCCGCUGUAAUCCGAGCCCGAUGGAAACUCACACCUGCGCCCCUCUGGAAGUGGCAGAAACCUGAACCGGGUCACCUGACGCCCCGCGAGUCCUAGUCAGUCCGCCGGCUGCCCUGCAGCAUGGCCCACAUCUGCAGGAUGCAGCAGGACAGCCUUGCGGGACCGGCACCGGGUGCUAACUGUGUGUGGAUUUCUCUGGUUGCGGGUAAGUGUGAUGUCAUCACUGUGACAUAAACAACUCAUCACCGCUCCUAAAAUGUGAUGUCACGAUUAACAAGCUAUUGUUUAGUUCCCCUUGCUGUGACAGAAUCCUCGAGUCUGAUGGCGAAAGCAAAUGGAGCUUCGAUCGAGUGCUGCGUGAGGAGUCAAAUAUAUAAUAACUAAUGAUAAAUGAACACAGAAAGGUGCCAACCAUUUGCAUAAACACACAUCUUUUAGUGAUAUGAAAACGUGAGGACAAAAAUGAUGACCUGACAUCUUGUCAAAGGUCAAAAAUCUAUAGAAUAUUGCGCAGAGCAGGUUAUUUGCGACUACAACUUGCCCCAUGAAUGAGAUGUUGAAGUAAUUUCUGAAAUUCAUGUGAGUAUAACAGCAAACCGCAGAGAAUGGCUGGUCGUAUUUAGAGCAAAAAACAACACAAAAUUCCGCGAAGAUUCGUCUUUCAAAAAAAGAAAAAUCUCUUUUUCUCUCCGUUUUUUUGGGGGGUGUGAAUUUUCUCUUUUCCGGGGGAGCUUGAAAGCAGCACAGUUGGCUCCGUUUGCUGAUUGGCCCGAGGUCGCCAUGGUAACGAGUUUUUAAAAGCGGAAUUGCGCAAUCUCGCUUUCGGAGUGAUUAUGCUCGUUAAUCCGAGCUAACGUGCUAACAUGCUAACGCGCGAUGACUUGAGGACGGCAAAUGGUUGACGAAAGUGCAAAAUUAGCGUCCGAUAGGGAAGCGCGAGCACGAUGGGAAGUUGAGGACAAAGUUGGGAACUUGUUGACUGCGAGCGAGCGGCAGCUAGCUUCGCUGCUAGCCUGCCAGUCGACAAGUUGAGCGGCUGCCCGGCCAGGAUUUAGACGGACCCAUGACUCACACCCCGGUUCUGACCGCCCUGUUCGGCGCGACGGGCGAGGCCGAACCGCUGGGAGCCGCAGAGUUUAUCAAAGAGCGUCUGUAUUUUGCGACGUUACGAAGCAAGCCCAAAAGCACGGCCAACACUCACUACUUCUGCACGGACGACGAGUUUGUUUACGAGAAUUUCUACGGAGACUUUGGUCCUCUCAACUUGGCCAUGUUGUACCGAUACUGCUGCAAGCUCAACAAGAAGCUCAAGUCGUUCACGUUGAGCCGUAAACGAAUCGUCCACUACAGCAGUUUUGACCAGAGGAAACGCUCCAAUGCAGCCAUGCUCAUCGGAGGAUACGCGGUGAUCUACUUGAAGAAAACUCCUGAAGAGGCUUACAGAGCUUUGGUGUCAGGAUCCAACGCCGCCUACCUGCCCUUCAGGGAUGCGUCGUUCGGGAAGUGCACUUUCAACCUGAGCGUUCUGGACUGCCUGCAAGGCAUCAGGAAGGCUCUCCAACACGGAUUCUUCGACUUUGAGUCUUUUGACGUGGAGGAGUACGAACAUUACGAGCGCGUGGAGAAUGGAGAUCUCAACUGGAUUGUUCCCGGAAAACUUCUGGCCUUCAGCGGCCCGCACCCCAAGAGCAAAAUUGAGAAUGGCUACCCGCUCCACGCCCCCGAGCGGUACUUCCCGUACUUCCGCAGCGGCGGCGUGACAGCGGUCGUGCGCCUCAACAAGAAGAUCUACGAGGGCGCUCGCUUCACGGAUGCCGGCUUCUGCCACUGCGAUCUGUUUUUCCCGGACGGGAGCACGCCGAGCGACGCCAUCGCGCGGCGUUUCAUGGCGCUGUGCGACGCCACGUGCGGUGCCCUGGCCGUGCACUGCAAAGCCGGCCUGGGCAGGACGGGCACUCUGAUUGGCUGCUACCUGAUGAAGCGAUACCGCUUCACGGCACUCGAAGCCAUUGCCUGGAUCCGGAUCUGUAGGCCUGGAUCGGUGAUCGGACCUCAGCAGAACUUCCUGGAAGAGAAGCAAACGUGGCUGUGGUCGCUAGGAGACCGAGAGCGCUCGCAGGGGUCAGCGGCGGCGGCAGAGGACGAGAAGCGCGUCCGCGACCUCGUGGUCGGCGUGGACCGCCUUACCUUUAACCCCACAGACGCAAUGCACAAUGGCGCCGCGCAACCUUCGCUCGGCUCGGACCGGCUCCACGGGAGUGAAGCCAGCGAGCGGUCACUUCCAACUCAGGGAGAUAAACUGCGAGCCUUGAAAUGUCGCCGCCCCCUCCGCACCGCCUCCUCUGCGCCUGACAGAGCGGACCAGCUAUUCAGUGUGGCGCAGCGACCAAUCAGACUGUUGGCGGGCGUCCCUCAGGGCUCUCCCUCGUCGCCACACGAGUCAUUCCGAUCACCGGUGUCCGCCGCGGCCAAGAGGAUCGGUCGCAGUGCGUCGUCGUCAGUGACCAGCUUGAGUCGCUUCAGUCUGACUACAUCCACUUCUAGAAGAUCCCACGUGCCCUGAACGCAGCGCACCCGAGGUGACACCAUCGAGACUUUCCUAUCAGCUGAAGGAACGAUGACACUGUCGUCAUGGUUACCGGGUUUCUCUCUCUCUCUCAUCAUUUUUCAAUGACGUCACCGCGAAAAUGCUCAAUGAGCGACGAAUUUGACCUGAGCCGACAUCUUGUGAGCAGAUGAGCACGCAUUCGCACACGCUGGUCAGGUGCUAGCACAACGCUAGCCGUUAGCCUCAGGAGAAAGAUGUAUUUUCAAGCUAGUUUCUAACAAAGCUUUUCCUCAUAGCUCCAAUCUUCUACCUCUUCCAUUUUGUUUUUCUUCAGAGGCACUUUCAAAGUAAGAGUUGCAGGGACUAGGGAUCUUGCUCUUUCAUUUUGUAAAGUUUUUAACGGUAACGAUGAUGAUGAUUAUGACGACGAGGUGCCAUAAGGGAAGAUUGAGGUGUUUUUACGAAAUGAGUGAAAGGAAUGAGCACUUCAUGUUCAUCAGAACAACUCGGCUCGACAUCGAUCGCAAGGCUUUUAUUUUGAAGGGAAGCUCCCUGUUGAGAUCAAUCGAAGGGCUUUUAUUUUGGAAGGAAGCCGCCUGUUGAUGCAUUUUGGAAUCAUAUUUUCUUGUAAAUUGUCAUAGGAGAAGGAAAUAAAUUAUUUUGUUGA